CAACAAUCUGUCAAAAAAGAUCAACAAAAAUCGCAAAGAAAAAAUUCUUUACGCUGUUAUUUCUCAGUUUUUAAUUCGUAAUUGUUAUUUGUGAUUCCCUAUAACGUUAAUCUAAGUUUCUAUAUUACGUAGCUAACAACAACAACUAACAGUUUAUGCUAUAAACUGUAAAUGCAGAUAAAAAUGAGUUUGCAUUUUGCUGUGGUGAACUCCCCGUAUUAAACUCAACGAAGCGAAAAAUGGAAGUGGAGUAACGCACUCAAAAACCUAAGUAAGCUACAUCAUGUAUCAAAACCUUCUAGAUUUCGUCUGCGAUUACUGCAGUCGCGCGUUCACAAGGAAGUACAACUUGCAAACUCACAUCGAGAACUGUCACCUCUCAGCGUCCUGCCACUGCGAGAUAUGCAACCAGACCUUCGGCAGUCCAGCUGGAUUACAGCUCCAUUUAUCUCGCGGCCACAACCGCUACGGCCAACCGUCCCCAGAAUGUGACAUCUGCGGAAACAUCUUCGCCCGAAAACAAAACAUAACAUCCCACAUGAUCACCGUACACCUCCAAAACACAAGCCAGGGUAUCCGCUGUGGGCUCUGCGAGAAAGUUUUCACUACAGAGUGGAAUUUGAAACGGCAUAUGAACCAAUUCCAUAACCCUGAUGUUCAGUAUCCUACAUGCAAUGAUUGUAAUCGGGUCUUCAAAGGGAAGCAUUCCCUGAUCGCCCAUAUUCAAGCGACGCAUAACAUCUCCGAAAAAGGGUCUAUAAAAUGCCAUUUAUGCGCUAAAGUGUACACUAACAACAGAAAUCUGAAACGACACAUCGAAAUGUACCAUGGCGAGAAAGGGGAAUUUCGUUGCGAUAUAUGCCCUAAAGUUUACACGUCUAACCAGAGCUUACGAAGGCACAUCCGUACUCGACAUUACACCACCGAUAAUGACGAAUACACGUGCGAGUUUUGCAACAAAGUUCUAUACGGCAAAGAGAACUUAGAAAGUCACACGUCCUUCUUCCACAAACAAGAUUCCAACUCUGUGGACUUCAGCGAUGUGGUUUCGAGCAAAUCGCACGAGUUCAUCUGUGUCUCCUGCUCGAAAACGUUUGAGGAAGAAUCUCAGUUGCGCAGGCAUGUCAAAAACGAACAUUCGUUCAAAGCUUUUUAUAAGUACUGCAAGAAGUCGCUACUGAAGCAAAUGAAUAAGUCUAAGAGCAAAAACAUUGUGUUUUAUAACUGCGAGUACUGCAACAACUCUUUUGGCAGCGUCUACGAAUUCAAAGACCAUAUGAGGAUCAAUCAUGACAAAGAAUAUUCUCUGUCCACGUGCAACGUCUGUUUCAAUAAGUUCUACAGCAAAGAAUCGAUGGUGAAUCACAAGAAGAUAUGUCUGCCGCCGGCGAACGUAAACCCUUGCAGCCACUGCGACAAGCUAUUCACAGAUACAUCCAGCUUAGAGUUCCACACACGCAUCUUCCACCCACAAGCUCAAAUUGCUGAUUCAAAUAUCACAUCUACGAACAUAGAGGAUUCAACCGACAGCAAUUCGUAUAAGUGCAAGCAUUGCGACCGCAUCUACUACAGCGACAGAUCGCUAAAGCAUCAUAUUAAGCUAAAACACACCACAGAUGAGGCAAUGGAGUGUGAAUACUGUGGAAAAAUAUGCAGCAACAAAUAUUAUUUAGCGUCGCAUAUAAAAAUCGUGCACAACAACGAUUCGUGGUCGAAAUGCGACUACUGCGAGAAACAAUUCAAAUCUAAAAGGAAUAUCCGCAGGCAUAUUGAGUACACGCAUCUCGGCAUGCAGAGGUACAAAUGCAUCGAGUGUGAGACGCUGUUCAAAGAGAAAAGGAGUCUCAGGAAACACGUGCGAACCAAGCAUCCAAACUCGGUUACGUUUCCGCAGUGCCACAUUUGCUAUAAGAGAUUCGAAUCGGCCAAAUCCUGCAAGAUUCAUCUGAAACUGUUGCAUUCGUUCAACAUGAACACAUUUCCUUGUGAUUUGUGUUCAGUAUCGUUCAGUUCGAAAGAAGCGCUCACGAUUCAUUUACAAACGAAGCACUUGGCCGAGGAUGAGAUUUACAAAUGUGAGGUCUGCAAUUUGGUGUUCAAAGGCCAAGAGAAGUUUGAGCAACAUAACGAGUUGUGCCACGUGAACGUCGUGCCUAAUAUGAAGGAAAAGAUCCUGCCACGUUGCAUUAUCUGCAUAAAAGACUUCAGCACUAGAAAGACUCUGAAAAGACACAUUAAGAAGUUCCACGACGAAUUCGACGUCGACGAACUUGCUACUUUUGGCUCUCGACGUAGAAUUUUCAAUGUGGACUGCGAAGAAUGUAUAAAAAAGUUCAACGACGAUCAGCACUUUAAUCUGUAUCAGAAGUUGAAGCAUUCGAAAGAGUCUGUUAUAUUUAAAUGCGAAUCUUGUCUGGCUUCAUAUAACUCGUUGGAGUAUUACAUCCAAAGGUAUAAACUGGUCAAUGAUGACGCUGGAAAGGGUAAAAUGAUUCUCAGUGAGCUGUGCACGACAGAAAUGAGCGAUGAUGAAACGUCUUUCGCGGGUUUUGGGUCUUUGCAUGAAAUUAUGGAACCGGAAAGUACGACAAGUGAUAUCAAAGAAGAGAUUGUGGAAGAAGAAAUGUUUGUAAAGACUGAACCGGUGUCUCCUUAGAAUUUAUACGAUGCGGAGCUAGGUAAAGUCCGGUCGCCGAGCAUUUAGAAUUUCGUCCAAUGACAAGCUACCCAUCCUUAUCGCUCGCGUGUAAUUAUAAUGAUGUCGCGCUCGCACACUCACUGCGGCCGCGCGUCGCACAAUCGCGACAGCAAUUUAAUUACGCGCGAGUGACAAGGAUGGGUAGCUUGGGGUCAUUGGACGAAAUUCUAUCUGCUCGACGACCAAACUUUAGCGGAGCGGAGUUUUUCUAUACGUGGAACUUUUUGUUGGCUGAUAGAUAGUUUAAUCGGGCAGGUAAUCUGUAUAAAAUUGAGCACACUAUACCGAUUUUGUAUCGGCCCAUUCCUCAUUCAAAUUAAAAGGCGACCAAACUAACGGCUGAAAAAAGUCUGUAGCCUGCAUAGACUAAGAUGCAGUUUCCGUUUUUUGAAGUUGCGGGCACAGCUAGUUAUUGAAUAAAUAUAAUAAUUUUACACCCUGUAUAACAGCAAGCUAACGGCUAGGCCCGGUAUCUGAUUUGAGAUUUCAAGCUUGAAGUCAAUCUUCUACUCAAUGAUGAUUAUUUAGCUAUGUGAAAAGUUCAUACUUAGAUCUCAUUUUAGAAACUAGGCCUUAGUUUUUAAUACUGGCGUCACACAUUGGGUAUGCAUAUUGGCUCCAAAUUAUAUUCUCGGAUCCAAUACACCGUGGGGCACCCACAAAGUGGACCGACGACCUCAUGAAGGUAAAUAAGGCGUUGGAUGCUAGCCACUACCAAACGGGAGAUGUGGAAAUCAUUGGGGGAAGCCUAUGUUCGGCAUUCCAAGCAGCCAUUCUAUACGCACACUCACUGCGGGCGCCCGUCGCACAGUCGCGACAGCAAUAUAAUUACGCGCGAGCGAUAAGGAUGGGUAGCUUGGGGUCAUUGGACAAAAUUCUACGUGCUCACAGACCGGGCUUUAUGGAGGAACACUAUAUUAUGUAUGUGUCUCAUCAGUGAGGAACCGAGGAAUAUGAAGAGAUGUUCGCCCGUGUUAUGGAGAGUAUUUUACAUCGUCGACGAAUUAUGGCUCUUCGGAACUUGGAAAUAGCCUUCGAAAUACCGGAGCCCGAGUUCGUCGGAUUGUUUCGCCUAAAUAAGUGUGUGUGUGUGUGUGUGACCUUAUACAAGAGCUGGAACCUUAUUUACCAUCUCGACGAUACAAUAAUUACUGUCUCCAAAGUACCUACCUUAUUAAUUAAAAUUUAAAAAAAAAGUGAGAUGCUAUAACCAUGUCCAAGGAUAUUUUAUUUCAGCAGUAGACGUCUUGGCUGAAAUGAUGAUGAUGAGUAACACCAAUUGACCAAUGUGUAGGUCAAACGGGACUAUUCCCACCUCUCGUUCCCACCGCUGCAACUCCUGUGUAGCCAGGACCUACAGCCUGACUGCCAUAAAAACCCAACCAAUGCAGGUCAAGUUUGUCCCGGGGGAAAGUUAAUUAAUGUGUGGGGAAAGGUCAGUUUUGGGUCAGAUAUUGAUCAUAAACAUAAUGCCAAGACCGAUCUACCCAUUGGUAUAUGGAAUCUGACUUUAAUAAUUUAGAGCCAAUACGCACAAUGUGUGACGCCGGUAUAAGUCUGUACAUUAAAAAAAAUCAUGUAUA